AUGGAGAGAAGCUCGCGUGACGAGGAGCUUGCGAUCCUCUCGCCGUCCUCAGGAUGGAGCACGACCAUCAGCUCCUCGCACAUGCAGGAUGUCGGAGUACCGACACCGAGGAAUGUCGGGGUGGCGACACCAAGGGAUGCGAACACAUCCUCCAAGGAGCACAGGACCGGGUUGAUAGAGGGAGGUAGCGGUGCAGGAGCACAGUUAACACUGGCGGUGAAGGCAUGGAGCAGGGACAAGCAUGAAGGCUUGACGACCACAAUCGGCGCAUUGAAUCAAAUCGUCCGUUGCAUCAAACUGAACGACGGGGUUGAAGGACAGAACAUGAAGGCGGUAGAAGAGAUGCUGGGAGACCAGGAGGUCCUCAACGCAAUGUCGGAGAUGUUCAGGGGCCCUUCAGGUCUACAAGACAAGAUCCUGGAAGUUUGCUACAACAUUGCAAACACUCGAGCCCUUCGUUUCAAGAUCCUCCACAGUGGAAUCCUGCAAGGGUUGGCUGCUGUCCUGCUCAAAGACGGUCAACCGACGACCAACGUACAGGCGCAUCUUGCUGCAGUGAUCCUAGAGAGUCUGUCGCACUCCAACGACGAGGGGAAGGAAGUGAUCUGCUGCUCCCGAGGGCUCCUGCGAGGCCUCGUCAAGAGUCUCAAGGUGUCGACGAGGGGCUCAACCUUGCAUCCUGUCGGCGAUGUCAAACUUGACAAGAAGUCCGAAGCAGCGAGGAAGGGGUUUGACAAGUAUUGGAAUGAGACCAAGGAAGCGAUCUUGCAAAGAUGCAAAGAGAGCAACGUCAACGAAUUACGGGAGUCUUACCUUCAGAUGAAGGAUUGUCUUGUAAAAGGUGACGAUCGAUUGUCCUCCUCGAGCUCGAACUCGGAAGAUACAAGUUUUGGAGUCAGUGAAAUUGAUCAGAACAAACUCUCAAGCAAGUAUGUUGACGAGGACAAGAUGGAAAUGAGCGAGAGCGAGCAAAGCCUGGAGGACGAGGGAAAGUCGGACGAGGCUGAAGCCAGCGAUACUGCCCAUGAUGAAGAUGAGAUGGUAGAUGAAGGGGAAACAUUGGAAAAGGAGGAGGAGGAGAAGGAGGAGAGGGAGAAGGAGAAGGAGGGGAUGACAGAGACGAUUGAGAUUGAGAAGUUUAAGAAUGGACACGAGUUGGAUCAGAAGGAAGUCAACAAUGACAUGGAGGAUCAACGGGAGGAGAUGCAAGAAGAGAGGGACAAGGAGAGCGUGCUUCAGAACAUGGUGGCGGAGCAGCACGCAGUGAAGGAGGCGAAGGACAGGUACGAGGGCGUUUUCAUCCCCAAGCUGGAUAUCUCGCGGGCAGGAAGCAGCACGAGCUUGAAUCUUUCUGCUCGCCGUCUCCCUUCAGUCCCUCGUUCUUGCGACAGCCCUCGGGUAGUUGAGUUCUCCACCAACCCCAUCAGAGAGCGGAGGACGAUCGGCCUGCCUGCCAUGGAGGAGAAGAGGGAAGGGAAUAGGAGGGCGACAAGGAUCGAGAACCACCAGACGCAGUCUCCUCCUCCUCCUCCUGGCCCUCGUGAAGGAUCCUAUUUCAAGCAAUCAUCCAUCGCGUCUCCUCCCUUGCACACGCCCAGGCUGCUAGCCAUCCCCAUCUCUCUUGAUAGUCCGCGAUGUGACUUGAACUCGUCAGACCCGCGGCAGAGGAGUAGGCGAGGGGAAAGCGGAGGGCGGAAAGAAGCAAGUCCGAGGUCAAGCGACGACCCCAUGGUGGUGGAGGGAACAUUGCUGGAGGAAGAGGAAGAGGAAGAGGAAGAGGAAGAGGAAGAGGAGUGGAAGAACGCAGAAACAGCACACGGACGAGAGCAAAAAGAACAACUCGCAGACGACGAGAAAGGUGGCAACCGACAUUCAAGACAGGAGGAGGAUGAGCAGCAGCAGCAGCAGCCGGAGGUCGGAGGAGCAAUCAGCAUGAGCGAGUCUCUCGUGCUGGAGUCAGAGCUAAAAGAUUCUUGCGAUCCUCUCAGCCUCUCUUUGGACUCAACCAGGGCGAGUGAGACGAACAGGGAGGAGGAUGCUUCUUCAUCGCAACAGCUCCUCGUCAUCAGGCAUCCCAUGCCCUCCCUCGCGCAUGGUGGCCAGCCGACAGCAGGGGAGGGGAGGAGGAGGAGGAGCACACCGCAGGUCAUAUCUCCUGUCAAGACCUUCCUCAGCCCCAGGGCGGACAAGGGUAGAUCCCUCGUCCUCGAGGUUGGGAGGGACGCGCGUCAGAGCGAGCAGGAGCAGGACGCUGAUCCUGAUCCUCUCGUCCGCUCGUCCUCUCGCCACCUCGACUGGGCUGCUUGCCAGCUGCAGGCGAGACUUCGGAUGGCGAUCCAACGGUCCUGCGCAUUCUCACCGCGGUCGAGUCGAGGCUACGACUACACAAGCUCCGAAGCUACUGAGAGGUGGUUCGUGUGCGAAGGGUUCAGCUGCUACAGGGUUACGUGCGGAGUUCUGGAGCAGAGGACGCAAGACAAGUCAGGACUCGUGCUGUACCUCACAGACGUGUGA